UGUCAUUGUCACAGUGUCUGUCAAGAAAAAUUUGUAGUCAAACUUUUUUCAAUCACAAAAAAUGCAUCAAAUACCAAUUAGCAUGUAAUCGUGGUAUGUAAAGAGGCAGCCAAGACAAUAAUAUAAUGAAAAUACCUUUUCAUACGGUAGUAGGACCUUUACUGCGCAGAAACAAGCAUUACAUAAACACAGUAUGCUCGCAUCCCGCUUUAGGUAUCGCUCCACUUUAUGUAGGCGUACUCGGAAUUCUGGGAGUCAUCCUUAGCAUAUUUGAUAUAUAUAGGAUUAUCAAAUGUGGCCCCAUCUUACCCGGUUAUCUUUACCGAGAAAGGACUACAAAGCAUGGGAAAGUCAUUUCACCAGAGGCUGAGAGGGACUGUAAGCUCAUAUCAUUGGUUUUAUCUGCAGAAUAUUAUUUUUUUCUCCUGACAGGCAUAGCUACAAACAACCCAAUAUUCUUUAUGCCAUUCAUUGGUCUCUAUGCAGUCAUAAUCACAUUGGAGUUCAUAGUGUUUGUUACCAGAACAUUUGUGGAUGGAUUCAAUAUCCAGAAGAAGGCCCUAUUUAUGACCCUGUUCAUGAUGUACAACUGGGCUGCUGUGGCUUGUACUUUUGCCAGGUCUAUGUCAUGUUGUGACUUGUAAAUUUUAGUGAAUUUUUAUAUAAAAUAUAAUUAUUAAUUUAUG